AUUUCACCGCUCUUUCUCUUUCGCUUCUCUAAAGUUCCAAAUCUGUGAAUCUUCUUCAAGAAGCUUUCGAAAAUCACAACAAUGGAGAAACUCUCUUCAUCUACAAUAACAGAUCUAGCUUACGUAACAGCGAUAAACUCACCACCACCUCCAUUAUCACCUCUCUCUGAAAAAAGCUUCAACAACAAACAUCAAGAAGAAUUCGCCGCAAGUUUCGCAUCACUCUACAAUUCAAUUUUCUCACCGGAAUCUCAAUUCCCGAUCUCGUUAUCACUCUCUCCUUCUCCUCCGUCCUCUUCCUCACCACCACCUCGCGUCGAUACUACAACAGAGCAUCGUCUUCGUCAAGCGAGACUUAUCCUCGAGUACGAUGAACUCAACGAGCAUUACGAGCUUUGCCUUAACCGUCUUCAAUCUCUAAUGACGGAACUUGACUCUCUUCGUCACGAAAAUGAUUCUCUCCGCUUUGAAAACUCAGAUCUACUCAAACUUAUUCAUCUCUCUACUUCAUCUUCUUCCUCCUCCUCCUCCGUCUCUCCACCGCCGAUCUAUAACCAUAACCGCCAAUUCUGUCACCAGAUCUCCGAUUUCGGUCCGAUUCAUAAGCAUUCUCGCUCCGUGAAGAGAAAUAAUCCAGAGAGAAACUCGUUGCCUAAGAGCAUCUCCGUCAGAUCUCCAGGUUAUCUCAAGAUCAACCAUGGAUUUGGAGUUUCUGAUCGUCAAACGAGUCAACUCAGCUCCGACUCGGUGUCGUCUCAAAAGGUGUGUGUAGGAGAGAGAGAAGCAUUAGAGCUUGAGGUAUAUCGUCAAGGGAUGAUGAAGACGGAGCUUUGUAACAAAUGGCAAGAGACUGGAGCUUGUCCUUACGGCGAUAAUUGCCAAUUUGCUCACGGAAUCGGCGAGCUCCGUCCUGUGAUUAGGCAUCCACGCUACAAAACUGAGGUUUGUAGAAUGAUUGUCACCGGAGCUAUGUGUCCGUACGGUCAUCGUUGCCAUUUCCGUCACUUACUUACUGAUCAAGAGAGGAUGAUGAUGCUCAGUCGCUGAUCUGGAGAAGAAGAAGGGUAAUAAUUAGUGGUUGUGUACAGAUUUGAUAAAUAUCGUAACUUUUC